AACCUAGAAGAUUUGGAUUUCGCCAGUGAUGACUUAUGUCUGAUGUCACACAAACUUGAAGAUCUACAGACGAAAAGUAACAAGUUGACAGAAGAGGUAGGUCAGGGCAGCGAAGACGGGACUUCAAGUGAAUAUAGAGAAGACAGAGGUGAUGAAGAUACCCAACCAACAACAACAGCAACAACAACAACAACAGCAACAACAAUGUCCAAUGACCAUCAACGGGAGAAACUUGAAGGAAGUAGCCUCCUUCACCUACAACUACCUAGGCAGCACUGCUUCAACUACAGUCGACCGUGACACACACGAAAACACCAAAGACAGUCAGGAUCGGAAAGACAGCAAGACAGGCGUUGAUUAACCUGAAACCAGUGUGGAGAUCUCCUGCACAACACUCAUCAUACAGUGUGAACAACAUCCAGAUUUUCAACACUAAGUCAGUCAAGUCAGUGCUUCUGUAUGACUAAGAGACUCGGUGCAUCACGAAGGGCAUUUCCAACGAAC